CCCCCUUUUUUACAAUGCCUAUCCAUAUUUCGCCUACCGCGACAACCCGAAUGACAUUAGGCUAGACUAUGCAUUGAUGAGCACCUCAGAGGUUAUUGUAACGGAUGGGGCUCUAGGGUACACAAAUUUGCUUGAUGCUUCCCUAGAUGCUCUCUAUUGGGCACUGGAGAAGGUAGGGGCACCAAAUGUUGAGAUUGUUGUGGCUGAAACAGGGUGGCCAUCAGCAGGAGAAGGACAUGAUCCAGCAACUAUUGAUAAUGCCAGAACAUAUAACAGCAAUUUGAUCAAGCAUGGGCAAUUUGGAACACCAAAGAGACCAGGAAAGGGAUUGGAGGCAUACAUAUUUGCUUUGUUCAAUGAAGAUCUCAAGACUAAGGGGUCUGAGUCUCAUUGGGGAUUGUUUUACCCAGACAUGAGUGAAGUUUACCAUGUUGAUUUCUAAUUAGGGAAUUAGGUGUUCAUUGUCAUUGGUUAAUAAGAAUGAAAUCCCUUUGUCGAUUA